CUAUUUUCUAGAGAGAGAGAAGGGUUCUUCUGUGUUUCUUGUAAUGGCAAAGAACACAUCCUCUGUACAAGAAGAAGCUCCAACUCAUGGCCUCCAUUGCAAAACAUGGGUGCUGCGAGUCUCCAUCCACUGCCAAGGUUGCAAGAGGAAAGUCAGCAAAAUCCUCUUAGCCAUCCACGGUGUUUACACGGUAGCUGUAGAUAUGAAGAAACAGAGAGUCACCGUGACGGGAAACGUUGAAGCAGAGACAUUGAUCACGAAACUCUCAAACAAAGGGAAAAGGGCUUCGAUUUGUGACAACGAAUCCAAGAAUUCUAAAUCAAACCAUGCAGGCAAUCAAGAAGAAGAGAACAACAGCCAGAAGAAGAAGAACAAGAAGAAGCAGAAACAGAGUGAAAACAGGGGAGCCCAUGAAGAAGAAGCAUCAAAGGCAAUGAUGGCAACCAUUCCAGACGAAAACUCGUCACCAAAUAAACAAACCGUCGCUAAAGACUCUCCAGGUAACCUCUCUAGCGGAGAAAAGAAGCGGAGAGAGGGUAAAAAUAAAACAGAGAAGGAGGGGGAUCAUGUUAAUGUCGAUCCUAACUCUGCUAGUAGUAGCUCUGUUCCUCCGUUUUCUUCUGGUUACAAUAGGUAUCAACAAAUGACGACGAAUCAGGUUCUUCCGUCGCCAUAUCCGUAUCCACCACCACAGCAGUAUUUCUACUUCCCUGCUGCUGUGAAUGCCGCUCCGAAUCCUUUCUAUCUCUACGCUCAGCAGCAAGCGAAUCCAUUUGGAUAUCAAAGCCAGCUGCCUCCGCCGCAGCAGUCCAUGGGGCAGGGGCUGGACUCUUCUCUGCAGAUUUUUAGUGACGAGAAUGUCAAUGGAUGCUCUGUUAUGUAAUGUAGUUCUGUAAUCCGUGGCCGAUUAGGAUUUUGGGGUGGUGGGGUGGAGGAGAUGUAACUCUUCAGGGUUUAGAUGUGUUAGCUUUUGAGUUUUUGUGGGUGCGUUCUUGGUAAAGAUGGCAAACUUUUGUGCUUCUAUGAUGGGCAAAAUUGCAAACCCAAUUUGCCCAAUUGCAACUUGUUUGGUGAUUUUGAGUUUUCAAUGUUGUUUCUUAUGGUUCAUU